GUCCGCCACUUGGGGUGGUCGUUCACAAGGAGCCUCUGCUGCUUCAUCGUCAACUUCAGGGUGUUGUUUGCCAUUGCCAUAGGGUGAAGAACCCCAAAAUCUAUUUUCUCGGAAAUUCCACUUUAAUGGACAAUGUUAUUAUCAAAGAAGUCCAGGAGGAACAGAAGCGGGAGCUUCGUAUUGUGCAAGAACGGGAGAUCAAGGAGAUGAAAGCUCAACAGACAAAGGCGUCAAUUGAGUCCAGUCGAUCAGUUAUGAAUGACCCGAAAUUGCGCAACAAAGCCGAGCGGGAUCGCCGUAUUCGCGAGUUGAACGAUUACAACACCAAACGUUUCAUCGACCAGCGUAAAUUCCAGGCUCAAAAGCAUGAGAAACAGAGUCAAGAGUUGAACAAGCGCCAUGCGCAAGAGGAACAAGAUGUAAUUAGUGCUAUGAAGAAAGAACGUGAUGAGUUCAUCCGCAAGUAUGAAGAAGAUUUGCUGGCUGUCAAACGCUCCACUGUGAUAUAAUUCGAUUUGCUCUCUUGGCAUCAUUUUCAUCUGGCCGUGAGUCCGAUCUGUUGCUCCUGCGUUGUCCUUCACUCCGCUCGCUUCACUUCUUGUCCCUAUUGUUCUCUGGCUACUCUCUGCUGAUUCCCUCCCACACAUACGUGCAAUGGAUCGAUUCCGUCAUUUUUAUUCUGUACACACUCUCCCACAGCUUCCAUUAUCCAUAAUUUGUAUCUAUCUGUUCAGUCCGUCAGUUGCGAACGCGUUCACCAAGUCACCCGUUGUGAAUUUUCCGCAAUCAACCAGAGCGUUGAUAUUGCGCGUUUAUACAUAUAUGUCUACAGAUACAUUAUGAACACACCAAAAUAUACAUGUGUCCAUGUGUGUGUAUAUAUAUUUACGUUUGGUCCGCAUCCGUUCGCCUCCACAUUUUACCACCGAUUGCGGGCGCGCUCAUGUAAUCCCCGAGCUGCUGUCGUCGCUGUCCGAACAGGAGACAUUUCCCUGAAGAUGUGUAUGUUUUUGGAUCGGCAAACUCGCCCUCUUUUCAGCCUCUUCCUUGUCAAUCCCCAAG